CUCCUGACGUGUGGACGUGAAAGUGCCGUGAUUUCUGCCGUUGAUUUUUGUCGCGUCUUUCGCUGCUUGUGUUUUGUGUAUUUAUAUUGUUGCCAUUAUUCUUUGCGACCAAACUGCCGCUACUACGUAUCCGUUCGCAAAAAUAAAGAAAAUAAUACCUAAAAUAUCCCAUUCAUCUUGUUCUGCCAACUUAUUUCUAAUUGUGAAGCAACCUUGAAAUUUCCACCUCACGCUGGAAAUUGCGAAACAAAAGCAUAGCGGAAAAUAUUUUGUUUACCAAUAACUAGUCAACUAUCAGCGAACUUGGCUAUUUGCAAUGUGACUUUCUAAGUGUGAUCGCAGCUUUUUUGACGUUUUGUUUGGCAAGAAAACACGCUCUGAAAUCGGUGAAAUCAGUACACAAAACCGACACAUUAAAAGUACAAAAAGGAUUAGAUUAUUUUGGAUUACUGUUGAAGCAAACCAAACUGACAAAAAUGGGCACUAUCGAGAAACGCUCGUUCUCCUUCCGACUGCGCCGCUCCUUCGGCGACGGCGGCAGCACGAACAGCCGGAACAGCAACAACAACAGCAGCACCUGCACCAACCACAACAACCAGAAGCGAUGCAGCACGCCGCUGACGCCGACGAGCACCAGCACCGGGCGGUUGGAGGUGCCCGGGGCCGCCUCCGUGAGCCGCCGGAGCAGCAUCUACAAGAAGCCGGACAAGAACGACGGCGGGCAGAUCCACCUGAUCCCGGACGUGGAGCUGCCGCUGAUGACGUUCGCCGACCAGUACAACAUCGAGAAGACGCUGGCCGAGGGCUGCUUCGCGAAGAUCCUGCUGUGCCGGCACAAACCCACCAGCACACUGGUCGUCCUGAAGGCGGUGCACGCCGAGCUGACCACGAUCAAGGAGUUCCAGAAGGAGUUCCACUACAACUACGAGCUGUCGCACCACCAUCACAUCCUGAGCGCCUACGCGGUGGCCUUCCAGACGAUGGACUACUACGUGUUCGCCAUGGAGCACGCCCCCUACGGCGACCUGGCCUCGAACAUCGGACCCAACGGGCUGCACGAGAACGCCUGCAAACUGAUCUCGGAGCAGCUGAGCUCGGCCCUCGGCUUCAUGCACUCGAAGAGUCUGGUGCACCGCGACCUGAAGAUCGAGAACAUAUUGGUCUUCACGCCGGACUUUGCGCGCGUCAAGCUCUGCGACUUCGGGGCCACCACCAAGAAGGGUCUGCUGGUGCACAAGGUGAAGCACACGUGGACCAGCUGCGUGCCGCCAGAGCAGCUGGAGCUGAUCAAGAACGAGCGCUUCCAGUGCCUGCCCGUUAGCGACUCCUGGCAGUUCGGCAUCCUGCUGUACAACAUCCUCACAGGCAACCCGCCGUGGCAGUCGGCCGACUGGGUCAAGGACCAGUCCUAUGCCAACUUCAUGAAGUACGAGCAGCGCAAGACGACCAAGGUGCCGGACAACUUCCGGCGCUUCUCGCCGCGCCUGAUGCGCUGCUUCCGCAAGUACCUCAGCCACGAUCCCGAGGACCGCUGCAAGAUCACCGAGGUGGCCAAGUACAUGAAGGACCGCUGGGUGGAGUGCCGCAUCUCCACCUCCAAGUCGGCCACGCUCAUCUCGCCCACCAACCACGACCAGGACUCGUGCAUCUACCUCAACCAGCGGGAGGGACGUCUAUCCGGGGACGAGAACAAGCUGCGCUUCAAGCGCAUGAUGUCCACCUACGGCCUGGACAUACCCAUCGACCAGGCGAUGGUGCGGCGGCGGGUCUGGGACUGGCUCUCCACCUGCGACGCCAACUUCGAUCCGGACGUGGAGAGUCUGCACGCCCUGGACCUGAUGCAGUAGGAUGCAGCGGUUGUCCCCUGCUCCCUGAAAUCAAUUCCAACCCAGAAAUCUAUUGUAAGUCGUUAAGAGAAGUGAACCACCAACAGCAACUCGAGCCGAAAUUUGGAUUUAUCGACUAAAUCAACUUGUAAAUAAGCCAAUAUCGCCCGAUUUAAUCACGUUUGAUCACGUUUGAAUUUGUGGAUCUAAAAGAUCGUUUAUGUGACACAGCGCAGAGAAGACACUUCUCGGCGGUUCUUUUCUGUUGUUCUGCGAGUGCAAAAUCCCAGAACUGAAAUUUAGCAUAGAUUUUUAUAGAUCAAAUUUGGUAAAGCUAAGUAGUAAGAAUUUGUAGGAUAAUGAAACCCAGUUUGGGGAAAAACACUUCAACGGAUAACUUUCCAGUAGUGUUACCUUUCUAGUCUUCCGCUACGAUGAUUUUCUAUGUACUCUAUACCCCAUACAUGUAUGUAGUCCUAUGAUUAAGUUAAUGAAUGUACUAUACAUAUAAUGUGUGAUUUACGCGUUACUUACUUUAUGUGUACGGAAUACAAAAUAAUGCAAAUGUCUAGACCUAGACCUUAAAGAGAUGUAUAUGUAAGGAGUGCCCCUGGUGCAUUCACGACCAAUUAUAUGACGACUAAGCUUGUUUUAUAUAUAUGAAUAGACUAUAAAAACAUAUUUAUUUAGCUAUCAUUGAUGAGAACCCAUGGAUGUGUGGAUGCCAUUGAUGAGUAUGAAACCUUUUUGUAUAUACUACUAUUAUUACAACUGACUUUUUAAAACAUAAUUUGCAUGUAAUCAUGAGUUAAUACCCUAUGUAAACCUACAAAAUGCAAAAAUAUAGAACCAUAAACUGAGUUUACCUAAAA